AUGGCUGGCACCACUCACCUACUUGCCCUCUUCGCACUCACACAACUCUACUCGGUAGCUGCAUCUACUUCUGAUGCCCAUGCUCAUGGCCAUGAUAACGACACAGCUUCUUCCUUCUGCCAUCCGGACCAAGCUGCAGCACUUCUCCAACUAAAGCAGUCAUUCAUCUUAGACUACUCCACUACCACCCUCCCGUCAUGGCAACCUGGUACUGACUGUUGUCUCUGGGAGGGCGUGGGCUGUGACGGUGUUUCUGGCAGCAGCAGCAACAGUGUCACAGUUCUUGACCUCGGCCGCCGUGGCCUCUACAGCUAUAGCUGCCAUGCCGCGCUCUUCAACCUCACCUCCCUACGUUAUCUCGACCUCAGCAUGAACGAUUUUGGUGGAUCUCGCAUUCCGGAAGAUGGCUUCGAGAGGCUAUCCAAGCUCACUCACCUCAACCUUUCUUAUUCAGGCUUCUACGGUCAGAUUCCUAUCGCCAUCGGCAAACUCAAAAGCCUCGUAUCAUUGGACCUUUCUUCACUGCAUAAUAUUGAAUCGGCUGAAAUCACAAAUCUUUAUGCUAUCAUGGAUGGCUAUAACUUUCUGGUGUUACGAGAGCCCAGCUUUAAGACCUUACUGGCAAACCUCAACAAUCUGAGGGAGUUGUACCUUGAUGGAGUGGACAUAUCUAGUAGCGGAGAGGAGUGGAGCAGUGAUCUAGCUAAAGCUGUCCCCCGUCUUCACGUUUUUAGCAUGGCGUACUGCAAACUCAAUGGUCCAAUCCACUCUUCUCUGUCAAGUCUUAGAUCCCUUACUGUGGUCAACCUCAAGCUUAAUGGUGGAAUUUCUGGUGCGGUUCCUGAAUUCUUCACGGACUUUCUCAAUUUAAGUGUUCUUCAACUCAGUUAUAACAAUUUCAGUGGCUGGUUUCCUUGGAAAAUCUUUCAACUCAAGAAUAUAAGAGUCCUUGAUGUGUCACACAACGAACGACUGUCAGGGCGUAUACCAGAAUUUCCAAGUGGGGCUUCUUUGGAGACUUUGAUUCUACAGUACACUAAUUUCUCUGGUGUCAGGCUGAGCUCUUUUAACAAUCUCCUGUCUCUGAGGGAGCUAGGAGAGUUAGCACCAUUUUUCUCAUGGAUUAGAAGCCUUAAGAACUUGACAAGCUUGCACCUCUCUGAUUGCUAUUCCUCCAAGCUAACGCCCCCGAUGAUUGGAAACCUCACCAACUUGACAAGUUUGGAGAUUACUUACUGUGGCUUUGUUGGACAAAUACCAUCAUCAAUUGGCAACCUCAACAAGUUGACUUCAUUGAGAAUCUCUGAUUGUGCCUUCUCUGGGACAAUACCAUCUUCAAUUGGCAAUCUCAAGAAACUAAGAAGAUUGGAAAUUUCUUAUACUGAAUUAUCAUGUCCAAUAACAACAGAUUUUGGACAUCUCAACAAAUUGAUGAAUGAUCUUAGAGGAGAUAUUCCAACAUAUCUAUUCACUUUGCCAGCCAUGUUACAAUUGGACAUUUCAUCAAACUAG